AUGGCCACCACAGCUUCUCGCGCUCUCCAGCCCAGCUCCUCCUUGCCGGCCAAGGUGCAGCCUAUUCCUCCGAACCAGACUCUCUAUGUCACAAACCUUCCGUCCUCGAAAAUCCAGAAAGCCGAUCUGCGAACGGCUUUGUACAUGUUGUUUUCCACAUACGGUCCUGUACUAGAUGUCGUCGCCCUCAAGACGAUGGCGAUGCGUGGUCAAGCCCAUAUCGUGUUCCGAGAUAUACAAGCAGCCACACAGGCCAUGAGGUCUCUCGAAGGACAGACGUUCCUGGGCCGCGAGUUGAAAAUCCAAUACGCCAAGUCGAAAUCGAACUUUGUGGCCAAGCUCGACGGCACCUUCAAGAUCCCUUCCACAAAUGCGGGCGCUGCCAAUGUCGAGCAGACCGAACUUCAACAGAGCAUCUUCAACGCUCCUCUUCCUGGAUCAGCGCCCGCUGGGCUCCCUGCCAAGCCCGCCGCGAAUGUCGACCAUGUGAUGAAGGACGUUGGAAGCCCCGGGAGCCGUGGCCAGAAGCGAACACGCGACGACGAGGACAGUGACUCGGACGUGGCUAUGGAGGAGGACAGCGAUGAUGAUUAA